CCCACUUGACUGUCAAACAGUCCAAAAACAAUCCUCGAUAACCUAAGAAUAUUGACAACCUGAUUUGACCCUAACAAACGCGUUAUCUGCAACUGUUUGCGUGGUCGUUGUUGUGGAAUAUGUGAAUCAGUGUGAGCGUCCACGACCAAGAUGUAUUCAUCGGAGAUCGCGUGGGCGAGUUUCGGCGUUCUCAUUUCCAUAUUGCUGAAAGUAUGCAUCAGCCUGCAUCCGUAUUCUGGACAUGGCAAGCCCCCGAUGUUUGGAGAUUACGAGGCGCAGAGGCACUGGAUGGAGAUCACCUACAACCUACCAACGAGCAUGUGGUACCACAAUUCCACUGUGAACAACCUGAACUACUGGGGUCUGGACUAUCCACCAUUGACAGCCUACCACAGUUUCAUCUGUGGAUACAUUGCACACCUGAUAAAUCCAAAGUUUGUGGAGCUGGGAAGGUCCCACGGAUAUGAAAGUGAGGAGCACAAGCUUUUCAUGAGAUACACUGUACUUGCUGCUGAUGUACUGAUAUACAUACCUGCAAUCAUAUUCUACUAUAUUGUGAGCCAAAAGAUCUACAAUCAUCAUUGCAGGAAGAAAACUAAGAAUGCUGGCAACAGUUUUGCACUGAAAAGCGCCAUAGUCGUUAGUUUAAUUUACCCAGGAUUAAUUUUAAUUGAUCAUGGCCAUUUCCAAUAUAACUGUGUCUCCCUGGGAUUCCUGAUUUUCUCUAUUGGAUUCUUGUUCAUGGAGAGAGAAGUGCUGUGCACAAUUUUCUUCUGCAUGGCAUUGAAUUACAAGCAGAUGGAAUUGUACCACGCCUUUCCAUUUUUCUUAUAUUUAUUAAGCGUUUGCAUUCCAAAACCUGGAGAGUCGCCGAUCAUUGGAUUCUUGAAUGUCGGUAAACUUGGGAUCACCGUGAUUGCAACAUUCGGCAUACUCUGGUUCCCAUUCAUCUUUGAAACUCGUCAUUUCCUGCAAGUCCUGCACAGGUUGUUUCCUGUCUAUCGCGGAGUCUUCGAGGAUAAAGUAGCAAACUUUUGGUGCACGUUGAACGUCUUCAACAAGCUGAAGGAUUACUGCUCGAAUAAAAUGCUGCGAUACUGCACGUUCGCCACUUUGACUGCGAUCCUGCCUUCGAGCACGGAUCUGUUUUUGAGGCCGAAUAUCAAGAAGUUCGUGCCGGCCAUAAUCAACUCGUCGCUCUCGUUCUUCCUCUUCAGCUAUCAGGUGCACGAGAAGAGCAUACUGCUGACCGCUAUACCGGUGCUGUUGUAUUUACCGCAGAAGCCCAUACCAUGCUUCUGGUUCCUGUUCAUAAGCAAUUUCAGCAUGUUUCCGUUGUAUGUCAAGGAUGGCUUGACCGUCGCGUACGUUGCGCUCACAGUUUUCUACACGGUGGCUUUCCUGUUCUGCCACGAACGUUGGGGCAUCGACCUGAAGUCGGAUAACACUUUCUACAUGUUCUAUAAGGAGGUCAUGCAUGUGAUGACCGGGGCGCAAAGCAACAAGCGUAGCUACGGCGAUAUUCUCGGCAUCACAUACAGGCACUUUCUGGAGAACCGGAAGCUUCUCAAAAAAUUGGCGCUCUACGUGCUACUCGCCAUUUCCCUGCUCGGCUCCGUCAUCCUCACGUGCAUUUCUUUAACAUUCCAACCGCCGAAAAGGUACCCGGAUCUCUUCACCGUGGCCAUCUGCAUAUACUCGUGCGCGCACUUUAUCGGCUUCUUAAUUUACUUCCACGUGGUGCAGUUAGGUAUACCUCAGAGUUUCUGCAAAAUUAAGCAGCACUAGUCAAUUAGUUUAGAAGUAUUGUACAGAGAGUUGUAUAUUUAUUUUAUUGGACAUUAGAGAUUGUGAUAUUAGCACGGUGAAGUGCAAUCAAAGCGUUUCUCAGUCAUGUUCAAAUAUCUUUUAUUAUUGUGUAUGUAAUAAAUUUGAUUCCCCCAAGAAAAAAAGUGAUAUUUCUUAAUUUAUACAUGUAUAACAUUAUUCCUUUCCGAUUUGCAUGCUUUCUGUAUGUAGAUUAAUAUAUUUAACAAUUGUAUUGUGUAGAUUAUUUGGCAG